AUGAUCCUCCGCCUCGCCCGCGCGCCAGUGAUCAGCGACGCGACGCCAUCCCUCGCGGAGGAUGUGGCGUGCCUCGAUCCGGCUACAUUCCUGGUCUCGAUGCUGCUCCAGCGGGUACAAGAUGAUCACGGCAUUCCCUCCGCGGCGAUCUCCGCCCUAGCUCCUGUCCGGAUCGGCGAUCUCGCGCCGGGAGCGCGCGCGACCGGGCGUGUUCUUCACGGAUUUCUCGCUGCCGAUGCGCUCAAGAUCGACGGCGGCGUCCAGGUACUCACGGUGCUUGAGGAUUCUAGCGGGGAAUCGGUGCUGCUCGCGAUCAAGCAUGCGGCGACGAGCAGUGCCACGGACGUGGAGGUCCGGUCGAAAUUUCCCAGGGGGGCGAGGGUAGCGGUCAAGGAGCCGACGCUGGCGAGGCCUCUGGACGAUCUGAGUGUGAAUCUUGAUCUGGCGGUGCUUCUCGAUGAUCCAGGAACUGGUCCCGGCACUCUUUCGCUCAUCGCGCUCGAUAAUCCGGCCAAUGUGGAGGUGCUCUCUUUCCUUGGCGACGAUCAGCUCCAGAGAUUUCGAGGUAUGAGCCACUCCACGAUUCGGAUGGAAGGGAACAAGCUUACUAAAGAUGGGAGCUUUGAGGCCGCAGCUCAAGCCUAUGGCUUGAUCAUCACCUCACAGGAUGAUAGCCGCGAUCGAAUGCUAGCGCUUGCCAACCAAGCCGCGUGCUACCUCAAGCUGGGGCGAUUUGAGGCUUGCAUCAAUGCUGCCAGUGCCGCUCUCGAGAUGGAUCCCAACCAUCUCAAGAGUCUCUACCGAAAGGCAUUGGCUUUGCUCAAGCUCCAUCUCUAUGACUGGUCGUGCCAGCUCUUGAAAGAUUUCGCUGGGAAGGACCAAGCGAUCCAGGAGCUCUACAUCAAGUGCCAGAAGCUCGCCUGGCAAAGCCGGGACAGCAGCAGCAUUGCCCAGGAGAUUUCCAGCUUUCUUCGUGCGUGGAGCGAUGCCUCGGACAGCGAGACCAAAGCGCCACCAAAGUUUCCAGAGCUUGCCGAGUACGUUGGCCCGGUGGAGAUCAAGAUGUGUGGAGACCAGAGCAAGAAGCGUGGCCGGGGGCUGUUUGCGACAAGAAAGAUCAACCGAGGCGAGCUUCUGGUCGUGAGCAACGCGGUCAUCUUUGAGCGUGGUGACGACCAGUCGGCUUGCAACCGUGACGCUGCUACUCGGCUGCUCGACAUGGCCAUGAAAUCUCCACGGGCAUACAAGCAGCUCCUCACCCUCGUUUGCGGGGUGCCGGGUGACGAGCGAGAAGUCCCUGCCAUGGAAAUCUUCCAGCCGAACUGGACAACUCCCGAGGCUUGGCCGAUUAGCAGCACUGAUAGCACCGGCAGAGAGGCGCUUCAAGGCAUCGACGUGCAGAGAACCUGUGAGAUCGUCAGCAAGGCCGCCUUCAAUCCGAGGUACUCGAAAGGCCUCAUCUACGUCGCGACGUGGUUCCUCCCGAGCUUCAUCAACCAUUCCUGCGUUCCAAACGUGUGCCAGACGGUGCUAGGAACUUCGGCCUGCUACUUUGCUGCUCGCGACAUCGCCGCCGGAGAAGAGCUCGUCCACUGCUACAUCAAUAGCGGCCAUCCUUACAGGCGCAAGAGGCUCGCAUCCUUCGAGUGUGAUUGCAAGAAGUGCCACCUCGAGACGCUGCUGGAUGAAGAUCUCGUGGAGGUGAACGGCUACUACAGGGACCUCGCCGAGGCAAACUUUGAGUUCCAGUUCAAGAAGGAUCCCGAGGCUGGCAAGGUGGUGAAGAAGCUGGAAGACGUUCUCGCGAGCAAGCUCCAGGACGAGGAGGACCGGCAGUGCUUGCGAGCGAUCCACUGGUCGCUAUACCUCUACUAUUACCAGAGGGUGGAGAGUGGGGCGGCGGUGCCGGUGCCUGGCGGUGGCGUCCCAGCGGCGGAGGUGAUCAUGGCCGCGAUGCACAAGUUCUCGGCGGCCAGCGACACGAAUCUGGCUUACAUGAAACUUCUGGUGGAGUUUGCACGGGACAAGGACGCGGCAUGGAGCGUGAUCGAGCGAGAGUGGGAGAUCAAGCUUGGCAGACAGGACGAUCAUCGUGUUGUCAAGGCCAUCGUCGAGAGAGGCACGGAAAUAAUCACGGUUUAA